AUCACUUCCAGGUCGGGGGGAAGGCGGGAAGAGGCUUCCGGCGGGAAGAUGCGGGGGGUAGCGGGGCGCCUCUAGGUCGCCGCCACGGUGGGAGCGGAUAGACUGCGCUCGGGGUGCCGGGGGUGCCCUCCGCCCCUCACCGCGGGGCCGUCCCGGGGCUACUGGGGGUGCCCUCCGCCCUCACCGCGGGGCCGUCCCGGGGGUGCACCCCACCCUCGCCCGCUGACGGAAGAUGUUGGUUUACUUCUGGGGGUUCCUCUACAGCAACUACCUGCGGUUUUGGCUGAAGUGGAUCGUGAGGCUGCUGACUGGGAAAUGCGAGUUGCAGCGUCUGAUCGGUGGCUCGAAGGCGGGGGCUCAGCGGACCCUCAGCAUCGAAUAUUCACUGGAAUCAUCAAAGAAUAAGGUUUUAAGAAAUGCUGUAAAAGCUGAGGAAGCUGAAGUGGAGAAGUGUGUCAGAGAUAUAAUGAAAGAAAAGAAAAUUGAACAGAAGGAUACAAGGUUUAAGACAGGUCUGCAUAUAUCCAUACUGCAGAUAUCAGGUUAUAAAAGACUUUACUUGAAUGUGGAAAACCUGAGGAAGGUCCCAUAUGAUUCAGAGAACGAAGAACAUGAGGAACAGUUAAUUGAGCUCUGGAAUUUGCUGAUGCCUCAUGAGAAUCUGAGGGCCAGAAUCACAAAGCAGUGGUGUGACAUUGGCUUCCAAGGUGAUGAUCCCAAAACAGACUUCAGAGGAAUGGGCCUGCUGGGGUUAGUGAACCUGGUGUAUUUCAGUAAGCACUACACCCAUGAAGCUCGACAGAUCCUCUCUCGUUCAAAUCACCCAAAGCUGGGGUAUUCUUAUGCAAUAGUUGGAAUCAACCUGACAGAAAUGGCCUACAGCUUACUCAAGAAUGGUGCUUUAAAGCCUCAUGUGUACAACAUGGUCUCUGGAUUGCCACAGAUGGAGCACUUCCAUCAGUUUUACUGUUAUCUGGUUUAUGAGUUUGACAAGUUCUGGUUUGAAGAAGAACCAGAAAGCAUUAUGCACUUCAACCAUUACAGAGAGAAAUUCCAUGAAAAAAUUAAGGGACUCCUACUGGAUCAUGAUGUGGUACUAACCUUACAAAAUACAAAGAAACCUUAACUCCUCUGCAGUCCAUGGGAUUCUGCAAUUCUGCAUUUAGAUGGGAGUUCUAAUGCUUCACCAGAAACUGUUUAACAAUAGAACUUUUUUUUUUUUCUAAUUAAAAAAAAAAUAAUCACAAUUCAGUUAUGAAAGCUUGGACAAUCAACCUCUGUUUACAGGUCUUUAUAUGCUAUUCUCCAAAGGACAGCUUUUUUAAAAAAAACCAACAUGAAAGCCAACAAAACCCCAAACUCUCAAGAGCCUCUGGAUCAUUUGCUUUCAUAAUUUCUUUUGUGCUUCUUGGUGCAGGAACAUUAAGCAGGUAUUUGUGCUGCAUUGUGUUUUCCUUUAAUAGCUCUGACUGUUAAUGGUCCUGACAAUUCUUUUAGUUGCAGCUUGGUUUGAGGCUUUUUUGCAUUCUUGUUCUGAACAUCUAGUUGAUCUCUAAAUGUUAAAUUCCUCUGUAGUGAAGAAUUCCACCAAAAGGAUUUAUCAGUCACUUUUGAUUCUGGAGAAGAGGCUUAAUCAUUCAGUGUUACUGAUGUUACUCACUAGAAAUUAAUCCUGGCUAAGGAAGUGUUUUUGUCUGUGAAUUUGUAAUGGCAAAUUCCUGUGCUUAGAAAAAAAAAAGCUUAAUUUUCAAACUAAGAAAAAGAACCACAAAUUACCAGCGUGAGGAUCAGAUCCUCAGACUAAAGAGAUUCCUUCUAAAAAGAUUUCUACUGUUAAAAAAUGCAGUUCUUCCUAAUCUGACUUCAUACUUGUUGUCAGCCCUUUCUUUUGGCAGCUAAUAGGGUAUUCUCAGUGGGAAGUAAAAGAGAUUUAGUUUAGCCCUUUUAUAAAAAGUCCACUCAUUAAAAACCUUUGUUGCACCUGCAGUCCCUUACUUGUGAAAAUAAAUUCACACUGGAGUUUGACUCUCUAACAGACACAUUUUCCACAGAAGGGAUGCAGCUGCAACAUGGUCCUUAAUCUUUGCAUCCUCAGACAAUCUAGUCAAUAGGACUUCAUAUCUAUAGUGACUAAUUAUUGCUUAAAGCAACUUGAAACAGAUUUGGUAUGACCACCACUUAAUUUUCUAAAACCUACUAUUAAAUAAGUGCCUUCUGCUUUAUUCAAUCACUGUUUUAUUUUGAUUCUGUAACAGAUCAUAGCCUUAGAAGCUUUUGAGUUCUCUGGGAAAGACUCUUUCAGUAUAUACCUAAACAGCACACAGUAGCACAGAAUUUGUAUGCUAAUAGAAGCUUUCAAGCCUCUUUUUUAUUUUUCUUUAAAUCAUCUCAGGUGAAUUAGUUAACCUUUAGUCAAUGACUGAUUCCUGAAGAAUGCAACUUUUGAACACCAGAAGAAAAAGAAGACAAACCUUGGUUUGUGAUAAGUGGUUACACUACAUAAGUAUUAAAUGUAUUCUUAUAUAACACUAAAUCUUCUUGGAGAUGAGCAAUACCCAACUGGACCUGGUCCUAGGGAGCCUGCUUUAGGCAGGAGGUUGGGCUGGGUUAUCUCCAGAGGUGCCUUACCACCUCAGUAAUUCUGUGAGUCUGUGUUGUGCAACUUGUGACUUCUUGCACUGCAUCCACCCAAUCACUCUUGAUGCUGCUGAUCUUUGAUUUGGGGGGAAAGCUCCUGAUCAGGGUAGGCAGUAUGUAGGUGGGAGGUAAUGCAGUUCCUUUUUAUAUUUAUGGUACCUUAGGUGUAGGUGAGAGUUAAACUACUUGAAAGUUUAACAUGUGCAGGGGGGAGAAGGGUUCAUCUCAUCUGUGUUGGGUUGAUGCUAUUCUACUGAAAAAAAAAAUAAGUGUGAAGGUGCUUGUAAGGAGAAGCAGCUCUUAGGGAGAGUAUUUAUGGUUAUUCCAUGGCUUUUUUUAAAAUUAUCAGCUAAACUGACUGGAUUAGAUACAAAACUGACAGCAGAAGGCUUAGUGCCUGCUACUCUCUGUAAUUCUCAACCACUGAAAAAGCCAAGAUCCUGUGGAGAGUGUUCUGGAGCUCUGUUUCUCUAAUUCUUGUAGACAUUCCUAAAGUCUGAGGAAGGAAGUAAAAAGUGGGCUCUUUCCCAGUGGCUGAAAUGUUAGUUGUCUGUUACUUUCUCAUUCCAGCUUCCAUCAUAUUUGUCUUCAUUAAUAAUUUUUGCUUUUGCUUGGAGAUCUCACACAAGCAACAUUAGCAGAAAUAAUCUACAGCCUGCUCUUUCCAGCCUUGAAACUUUCACUCAGCACCUUAUUCACCAGGAGACUCACAGAGUGCUGAGACUUUUAAAGCCCAACCAUCAAAUUUCAGAUUUGCUUUCAUGCACCUAAAACAUUUUAGUGCAGAAUAUACAUUGACCCCAUUGGUGAGAUGCAUCUUCAUAAGCUUGUUUAAAAAAAAAAUAAAAAUCCAACCAUCAUCAGAUGAGUGAGAUAUAUGGGAAUAUAUUAAUUUGCAUGUAGUAAUUAAGUUCAAUGUCUGUGUUAGGCUCCACUCCACCUUUCCAGUUAGAAGUUGUGUGUCAGUUUGUACUAUUAAGUAGCCCAAUCCUUCCAUCUAGGAGUCACUGACUAUAUGUAGGUUAGUGUGUCCAUUUUGCAGCAGUGGUAGGCUAAUUGUAUUAUGGUGCUAGCUAGAAAAUAUAUGGAAAAAGGUAAAACUGUGCUUAGGGAAAGGAAGAACAAUGUUUUACUACUCAGCAGUACUUUAUCCUAUCUCUGUUGUAUGGUGAUAACUGUGAGAUUAAGGAAGAUUCAAAAUGAAGGCAGCCACUUUUCUGCAAGUUGAUAUAAUCCAUUUGUUUAUUGUCAGAAUUUGUUCUACAUGGUUUAUUCUAAGAGUCUUACAACCUUAAAAAGACCUUAAAUUCUCCUUAUUUAUGAACUGUCAUGUUUUAAAAUAUGUGUUAUCUUACUAGAACUUGCAAGCACCAAUAAUUUUAUAACUUGCUGCCUCUUCAAAAUACUCACUGUGGGAAAGCUUAUAUGCAAUAGUAAUUCCAGCAAAAAAAUAUACUGCAGACAACAAGGUGGUUCUCUAAAUUUGUUGUUGUUCUUGUAGCAACUGUUUAACAAACUACCUCCACUUUUGUUGUUUAGUGUAUUCUUGAAACACUGUGCCACUCCUGGACAAAUUAAUCUGAAGAUAAGGAAAGACUGACAUAAACAAAAGUAAAAUCUGGUCACUUAAUCAGUAAACACCUUGCUUCCUAAGUAGCUGACUCAACUGGAAAGCAAUUCGAAGACUUGGGAAGAAAGAAAGUGAGAAUGUUUUUAAGUGGCUGUGCUUCUGUCAUCUGAUAGAGCAGUGUAAGGAUUUUGUCCUAAAGGACAAUAGGAAAAGGGAACAAGCACCUCAGAUAAAUAGUUUUGGAUUUUCACUCUGUGAGAAACAAAACAAACACAAACAAAAAAAAAAUUAAACACAUACACAAUGCCCUGAGUGUUCAUUUCAGUUUCUCCAUCCUAGUUUAAAUAGCAAACAUUUUACAAAGAGAUUUUGGCUAGCUUUGUUUUAAGAAUUAUGGUGAUGAAAAUGUUUGUAUUUAGUUAGGUGGGACUUGAGCUGUCAGUGUUCUUGAAAAUACUGCUAGUGAACAUGUGGUGAAGAUGUAAUCUGUUGUUUCUUUCUGUCAUACUUGUUUUGUGUUGCUGUAGUACAAUGGUGUUCACUCUUUGGACAGAUAUUUCUUGUGCCAAGCUCUCUCUAUUGCCUUUCUCUAAGGAAGAGCAAAAAACAGCCCAAGACACUUUGUGAGCAGUUUCUUCUCAUCACACUGUCCUUGUACAGGUGCAUACUCACAGAAAUUUCUGUUUACUACACCAUAAAAGCAAUAAUGUAAACUGUGAUGUCUGUGUAAUAGAAAGAGAUGUUUACAGUGGUAGCAAAUAAAGAACAACUUAUUCCAAAA